AUGGUCGGCCAAAUCCUAAAGCAUCCCACAUUCACUGGCUAUAGACUCGCCACCGAUGCAGUGGUCAGAUCCCCAGCUUUCAGGUCUAUCCGUUCGCCGAUAAUACGCUUGCAUCAGAUCAGACGACAUUCAACCGUGCAGGCAACGUUCAAACCGAUCGGAUCUUCUGUCAAUGUUUACAGUCUACGAGGAAGUUCACCAUUUACCUCUACCUUUCGAACUCGUGGUUUCGGGCAUGUGAACAUAGGUUUAGGUUUGAAGGGUACCCAACUUGGAGGAGUGAGACAUUUGAGUUUCUCUUCAGUUCCAAAGCUAUUAUGGACUGCCUUUAGAUUACCUGUCGCUGGUGUUACGGUUGGAGUUGCAGGUGUCGGAUAUGCGAAUUAUAAAAUACAAGAUAUGGCCAGCAAGUCACAUGAAUGGGUCUCAUCUAUAUUUAUUGACGCCAAAGACUUUGUAACCUCACUCGGUCAAGGCAUUGCCUUAGAUCUUCCUACAAUCGACGUUGGCAUCCCAUCCACCUUGAAAUCCCUUUUUACAAAAUCCUCUAAUCAACAUUCACUCGAAUCAGACCGACCACGCUUCAUUAAAAAGGAUGAUGACUCAGAUUCUAAUAAUUCUUCACCGGCUGUAGGAGCAGCCGUUGCUGUGGCAACAGCAACGAACCUGUUCGUCUCUGGUGAAAAAGACGAAGAAGAGGAUAACAAUGAGGCAAAAGUGAACGUAACAACGAAUGUACAGGAAGACCAGUUUAUGAUUUUGACGAAGAAGUUAAUUGAAGUGAGAAAUAUAUUGAUGAGUAUUGACCAUAACGAGGCACUACGAUUGCCUAGUAUUGUGGUUAUAGGCAGUCAAAGUUCGGGGAAAACUUCGGUACUGGAAGCCAUUGUUGGUCACGAGUUCUUGCCCAAGGGCUCAAAUAUGGUGACUCGCCGUCCAAUAGAGCUGACUUUGAUCCACACCCCAAAAUCCAAAGAAGAAUACGGAGAAUUUCCUCAACUUGGCCUCGGCAAAAUCCAUGACUUUAAACACAUCCAACAAACGCUUCGUGAUAUGAAUCUUGCUGUACCCGAAUCGGAAUGCGUCUCCAACAAACCAAUUGAACUUCGGAUCUAUUCUCCCAAUGUACCUGAUCUAACUCUAAUUGACUUACCCGGAUAUAUACAAGUGAAUAACAAGAACCAACCGGAGACGCUGAAGGAGAAGAUUUUUGAACUAUGUGAACAGUACAUCAAAGAGCCAAAUAUUAUUUUAGCCGUUUGCGCGGCUGAUGUAGACUUGGCUAAUUCUGAGGCACUGAAAGCAAGUCGCAAAGUUGAUCCGUUGGGUCUCCGAACAAUAGGAGUGAUUACAAAAAUGGAUUUGGUAGAACCGGAAGUCGGUGCAACAAUUCUUCGUAAUAGUGAUUAUCCCCUUCACCUCGGAUAUAUCGGCGUUGUAUGCAAGCCACCCGAGAAUCUUAACGUGCAAAAGAACAUUACUUCCGCGUUAGUUCGUCACGAAGAGAGUUUUUUUAGAAGUAAUUAUGUAUAUAGUCAGAGAGGGAUACAAGUUGGUGUCGGAACGCUGAGAAGAAAGCUGAUGGAAGUUCUAGAAGAGAACAUGGCAAAGUCAUUGUUCUCGAUCGUUGGCGCCGUUCAAGCGGAAUUGGAAGAGGCGAAGUAUCAAUUUAAAGUGCAGUAUAAUGAUAGACGCAUAACUGCCGAAUCGUAUGUUGCCGAAACCAUCGACAGUAUAAAACACAAUUUCAAAGACUUUGCACAUUCUUUUGGAAAACCGCAAGUGCGACACGAAGUUCGUACAAUGCUCGAACAGCGUGUUUUAGAUCUUUGUGCCGAACUCUAUUGGACCGACAAAAGAAUUACCGAUUUAGCCAAAUCGUCACGCGAUGAUCUAUACUGGCAAUAUAAGCUCGAUAUGUGUUCUGCUGCAUUGACAAAAAGCGGUAUCGGUCGAACAAGUACACAGUUAGUAGUCGACGUGUUACUAGCGAAUAUGGAACGUCUGGCAAGCAUGGAGCCAUUGAACAAUCAUCCGGAAACAAGUCGAAAAAUACUGAAUUUCACCAACGAGAUAUUGAGGAAUAAGUUUCAUACCACUGCGGACCAAGUAGAAAAUUGCGUAAAGCCAUACAAGUAUGAAGUUGAAUGUACAGAGCAAGAAUGGGCCGAAGGGGUUAAAAGAUCAAUAAGCUUAAUCGAGAAGGAAAUUGAUUAUUGCAAUAAGGCGCUGCAACAUCUCAAAACCACCGUUGGUCAGCGUAAACUUCGAGCUGCCAUUAAACAUGUUCUUGAUGCAGAGAAGGAAGAAGUUCGUCGUCAAGCACGACUCAAAGAUGAUUCUUCCGAUGACCACCCUGAUGCUUUACCUAGCGCGUCCACCGUUACGUCCCCACAGCUAAUAUCAGCAAACAACAUUGUUGAAUCCAACGAUACGGUCCGCUUGCAUGUUUCACCCAAACUAAUCGAGAAAGCACACGAGGCCAUAUUUCUCCGCGACCGGGCGAUAAUUCUAAAAUACCGGCUUGCUGCUCUGAAGUCUCGUCAGUGCAAAUCACCAGAGAACAAACAAUACUGUCCAGAGGCAUUCUUAAACAUGGUUGCUGAGAAAUUAACUUACACGGCUGUGAUGUUUAUUCAAGUAGAAUUGUUGACCGAAUUUUUCUUCCAGUUCCCGAGGGAGGUGGAUAAUAAGUUGGUUUACGAUUUGGAUAGAAAGCAAAUAUUGCAGUUUGCCAAGGAGAAUCCAUAUAUCAGGAAGCAUUUAGAGUUACAAGAGAGGAAGAGGAAGUUGGGAGAGGUAAUGGACAAGCUCAAUUACUUGGUGCGAAGGCAAAGAGAUAUCGAGAGCACAAAAGCACCAACAGUUGCUGUUUGA